AUGGCGUACUCCAAUGCCAGGCGCACAUUAGCCUCCACCCUCUCACGAGCUCUUUCUUCUCGCAAUCGCACACGUUUCGCUUUUGCGUUAUCAUCUCCCAAACAAACCCUACCCGUCCCUCGCUCUUUCCCGGUUCGUACGAAAUCAUCGGGUUCGGGUUAUUCUCCGUUGAACGAUCCAACCCCAAACUGGAGCAACCGUCCUCCAAAGGAAACGAUUCUUCUCGAUGGCUGUGACUACGAGCACUGGCUCAUUGUUAUGGAGUUUCCCGAUAAUCCUAAACCCUCUGAAGAUGAAAUGGUUAAUAGCUAUGUUAAAACCCUAGCUCAAAUUCUCGGAAGUGAGGAAGAGGCUAAGAAGAAGAUAUACUCUGUUUCUACGACUACGUAUACUGGUUUUGGUGCUCUUGUUUCGGAAGAGCUUUCUUAUAAACUCAAAGAGUUGCCGGGAGUUCUUUGGGUACUGCCAGAUUCGUAUCUUGAUGUUCCUAACAAGGAUUAUGGAGGUGAUUUGUUUAUUGAUGGUAAAGUAAUCCCUAGGCCACAGUAUAGGUAUGCUGAAAGGCAACCAAGUAAGGGUAGACUUCGUCCAAGACAUGAUAGACGGCGAGAAACUAUGCAAGUUGAAAGGAGAGAUCCUACUCAAAGACAGAACUGGAACCAAGGUCAGGGAGGACAUAUGCCACCAUCAAAUUCUAAUGAAUAG